AUGGAGGAAGAAGAUAUACUUGACAUCCUGAACGAGUCACACCUGAUGGCUCUUCACUUUGUUUUCAUACCACUUGUUAACAAGAAGUUAAACCUUUGGCAUGCAGCAUGGGCUCACCACCGUAUGCGUACAACAAGGUCUACACCUGCACAAAUGUGGUUAACUUGGCAACUCAACAACCCUAUUGGUCUUGACAGCACCCCUAUUCCAGUGCAAGAUCGUGAUGAUGACUCUGAUGACGAUCCAGAUAACGGGGACGAGGACCAAUUACAGGGAGAUCGGCCUGUAUUUCUCCCACUGUUACCCGGACUACCAGAC